AUGGUAGUUCCUCUUGAACGAAAAGUCUCUUGGAAUCUGAAUAUUUUUAGUGGUUAUAUGUGGUUGUUGAUCAGUCUGAUUGUUUUGCUGAUGUGCUUACAGUCUUCAGUGUCUCUGUACCAGUUGUUAAAGAGACUGCAGGAUGCAAAUAAAGGAUCUUUGGAAAGGUAAGAAACAGUCUUUUACAUUAUAAACAGACUGUCAGACAGAGAUAAUAUAACCUGACCUGAAGAAGUGGGCUGAGGUUACAUCAUCCGAGAUGCUUACAAUGAAACCAUUAUAAUGCUUGGUUUGAGUUUUACUGUGAUUCAACGUGUGAUUGUGUUUAAUUAAUGAAAGGCUUCUGUCUCCUGCUGUAGUUUGGGAUUACCUCACGUGGAUUUGAAAAAACUAGAGCAUUUAAUGGUAAUAAACCCUUUUCCAUUAUCUUCAGCAGCAUCAGGACUUCUUUCUGAAGAUUAAAACAAACUUUGUAGGUUUUAAAUGGUCUGUAUAUGUGAUUGCAGGAUGAAUCUUGGAAGGAUAAGAAAAUGGAGGGAUUACUGAUAAAGCAUGUGAAGGAGUGUCUACACAGGUAUGAAAUGUUCAGAGGAAGAGUUACUUUAAUGUCCUUAGUUUAUUGGCUUUUUGAUCAUUGAAUAUGCUGUUGUGUCUUUUGCUGUAGUUUGGGAUUAACAGAGCAGGAGUUUGAAGAACUGAUGCGAAAAAAGGUAGUGUGCUGUAUUUCAAACAACUCAAAAUGAAAAUAGGUUUUCAAUCUGUAGUUUAUCAUUCUGACUACUCUGUUGCUGUGGUUUCAGGCUCAUAUGUCAGAAGACGAGGCGAUUGAAUGGCUAAAGCAGCACAACAACUGA